AUCAUCAUUUAUGCAGACGGCAUGGCUUCAGCACGGCGCGCUGCGCUAAAGCCUCUGGAGUUCUUGGAGUCACGUGAUCCCGCGCUCCAGAAAGAAGGCGCUCUCCGGGUGCUAGAAAUUGGCGCGGGUUCAGGAGCCAACUUUGAGCACCUCACCAGAAAGAUUAGGUACACCAACGUGGAUCCGAAUCCAGAGUUCUGCAAUGCCUUCCUCAGAGAGCUCAAGCGCUACCCAAAGAUUGAAUUGGAACGCUUGGUUGAGUGCCACGGGGAAAACAUGAACGAGCUUGAGAAUGAACAAUUCGAUGUGGUUUUGUUCACGUAUCUCCUGUGCUCAGUUCAAGAUGGGAGGAAAGUUCUCGAGGAAGCAAAACGAGUACUUGUUAAGGUUCAUGGCUGA